AUUUUAAGAACUUGCGUUUUAUUAUAUAAACCAAGGCUAGGAAAAUCGAGAUUGAAAGCUACAGCUUGCCUUACUGUCUUUAUUUCUGUACAUAAUUAGUGUGCACUCGUAAACUUGAAUUUACAAUUACAGUUCUGAUUAAGAUAAUUGUGAAAUAAGAACCAGGGUUUUAUUAUAUAAACAAAGGCCAUCAAGAGGAAAGGGCCAUUUCUUUGCUAUUCAUACCGCUUUAGUUAUUUGGUCUUAGUCAACAAAAAACCUUUUAUAUUGCGAACAUGGGCAGUGUAACAUCAAAAGGAGUCGCUCAGGCCGCAGCUGCACCUAGUGGAAUUGUAGCCGCCGAGAAACCAAAGUGCAAGGCUUGUUGUGCCUGUCCCGAAACGAAGCGCGCACGUGACCAAUGCAUUGUGGAGCGUGGGGAAGAGAACUGCAGCACGCUAAUCGAAGCACACAAGAAGUGUAUGCGCGAUGCUGGCUUCAACAUCUAAAUGGCUACGAAAUGUACCGGCCGGCAGGCCGGCCGCGUGAACACUAUGCUCCCAGUACUUAAAUACGGCGGACACGAACAUAGACGAAAAGCUUAGCAAACUUCAACACCCUUAGGAUGGAAGAAGCUUGGAACUUUUCCGCCGAUCAAAAAGUACAUGAUAGUUCCCAAUCUCAACUUAUUUGUUUUUGUUGUUUGUUAUGCUAAUUUAGUGUUAAAUGAAUGAACGAGCAAAUUACCAAAAUUGUUCCACAACCAAAAACUUUAUUGACAUAAGACUUAAGAAUCAGAUGAAACUCAGAGUGCGAAGUGCGACAACGAAGGCCAUGUAGAAGGUGAUGAGCAACAUUGUAGCAAAUGCGAUGAUCCGCGCUGGCUGAGGGAUCGGAUAUAUGGCAUAAACUAACGUGUGAAUAAACCGCGCUAUUGCAGCCACUCUGAACAAAUUGCACGCUACAACCUGACUGGGAUUUGUACAUAUGUACAUCAAGGCCAUGAUGAAGUACGGUAGGAUGUUCUCCAAAUCAUUACGAUGGGCCCUACGUAAAAAGGAGCAAUUAGUUCAUGUUCGCAUGUAAGCUGAUUAACUCACCUGCGCACACGCUCGACAUGUGGAUCAUCAAAUUGCACUUCAACGUUUUUAAAAAACAAGUCUUCAUGAUUGGGGAAAAUCUGGAAUGGCAAGGAACUGUAUAAGUUGCGACGGUCCCAGUCCUUCUUCACCCCCGUAUCUUACAGUGGUAGCCCCCUGAAAGCAAAUCGGACAGUGAAAUACCCUGUACCCAAACAACAACUUCCGGCUCUGAGUUUUAUCGCCAGUAUCAGUUUGUGGGCGUAGUACUGGAGUGAAAUUGUGUCGCUGAUAACAUUUCUAAGAAUAAAAAAACAAGUAAAAAAGCUAAAGUCGGGUGUCCCGACUUUGAAAUA